UUCAUUAUAAAAAAACACGGCUGGCGUAAAACUGGACUAGUGGACAAGACAAGUGCAUAGCAAUUGCAUCAAGAUGGCAUCCAGAAGUCACCAGUAUUUUAGUCUGCGUUGGAACAACUACCAAAACACCAUGACGUCGGUGUUCCAGCAGUUGCGUGAAGAUCUCUCUUUUGUGGAUGUAACACUCUCCUGUGAGCAUGGCUCACUAAAAGCACACAAGGUUGUAUUAUCUGCGUGCUCGUCAUAUUUUCAAAAACUGCUUUUGGAAAAUCCCUGCAAGCAUCCCACAAUCAUUCUUCCCGGCGAUAUAAUAUUCACUGAUUUGAAGACCAUUAUUGAUUUUGUUUAUCGAGGCGAAAUUGAUGUUACCGAAUCUGAAUUACAGGGUUUGUUACGUACUGCCGAACAGCUGAAAAUAAAGGGACUUUGUGAAACGGCUGAAAACACAGAUGAUUUGAACGACACUGCUACAGCUACAAUCACCGUAUCGGAGAACAUUCAACAAGCAGUUGUUGGUAACAUCGUCAACACUACUGUAUCGCCAGGUCAGGCUUCGCCCAACACACAACAUCAGCAGCAGCAGCAGCAGCAACAUCAACAACAACAGCAAAUCGCAACGAAUACUGCUGUGCUUACGCAUAAUAUCGGUAACGUGCCCGCUGCCAAUUCACAGCAAAUUGGGUCGUCGGCAACUGCAAAUGCCAAUGCCACCGGACAAUUAGUUGUUGCGGGCUCCACAUCAUCCCAACAACCACAAAUUGGGCGUAAAUCUCGCGUUCGCAAGCGCUCAAAAUCCCCAGAUCUACAACAACAACAACAAUUACACAAUACUCAACAGCAAGUGCAACAACAUCCGCAAACAAUUCUAAUUCAGAAUCAAAAUCAAGCAGCUAUUGUUAGCUUACAACAGACUUCAUCUGGCAAUUACAUACCCGUGUCCGGAGUGCAAACCGUAACCACUAGUGUAGCUGGGCAGCAGCAGGCGGUGAUCACCGGUGACGAGUCAGAUACGGAAAAGCCGACGUUGUCGAAAAUCUGUAAGACAGAGGCAGCGUCAGCGUCACCUGCAUCCAGCGGCUCUGGCGUGUCGGGUUCAAAUAAUGCUGGCAGCGUAACGACUGUUGCAGCACCAGGCACAGCGAUUGUUACGCAAAUUGUAGUAGCUCGAGACGUCAAAGACAAAAAUAUGACUAGUUUAGGAAUGGGAAUGAAUGGCGGAAUUCUCGGAGUGCCAAUGGGCUUUUUAGAUUUUGCACCAGAACCACCAGCACCUUCAGCGACACCUGUAACAGUAACGGAACAUGUUGAUUUAUCUUGUAACCCCAAUACUGAUACCCGAGAUUUAUCAAACCCCACCGAAGCACUUGACAUCGACAAUCACUUGGCCCAACACAUGAUUCAACGGCUUGAUCAAUCUCCGAUGCAUGCUAUGCAUCAUCAAACUGGCGACGAGAGUAACUCGAAUUUAGUACAACACAUAAAGAGUGAAGUGAUUGAGGCGAAACAACAACAACAGCAACAACAGCAGCAGCAGCAUCACCAAUCACAGCAACAUCAAUUACAUGCACAACAACUAACACAGACACAGGCACAGCAACAGCAACAUCAACAACAUCAAGUACAUCAACAACAAACUUCUCAUUCACACUCAACACAUAGCCAACAACAAGCACAAUCACAUCAGGACAUAUCCGGUGCAACAGUAAUGGAAAUCGAUCCGAGCCAAAUAAAACACGAACCUGGAAUGAUCAUAACGCCGGAAAUAGUUAAUAUGAUGACAACUGGACACAUGGAUAUGUAUAAUUCAGAUACUAGUGAGGAUUCAAUGAUGAUAGCAAAUGGCUCACCUAACGAUCAAAAUGAGCCUCAUUAUACUAAUUUGGACCAACAACAUGUGGAUAUUAAAGGUCAGUUUAAUGGUCCCAAAACUUGGACUCAAGAUGAUAUGAAUUCAGCUUUAGAUGCAUUGAAGAAUCAAAAUAUGAGCCUUACAAAGGCCUCAGUCACAUAUGGCAUACCAUCUACCACUUUGUGGCAACGUGCCCAUCGUAUGGGCAUUGAAACCCCAAAGAAGGAAGGUGGUACCAAAUCAUGGAAUGAAGAUUCUUUAAAUAAUGCUUUGGAGGCCCUUCGUUCGGGCCAAAUAUCAGCAAAUAAAGCUUCUAAAGCCUUUGGUAUACCUUCGUCGACACUAUAUAAAAUUGCACGGCGUGAGGGUAUACGCUUGGCGGCACCAUUUAAUGCCGCUCCAACAACGUGGACUCCGGAAGAUUUGGAGCGAGCAUUAGAGGCAAUACGUGCCGGGCAUACGUCCGUUCAAAAAGCCAGCGCCGAAUUUGGAAUUCCUACAGGAACACUUUAUGGACGCUGCAAACGUGAGGGUAUUGAAUUGUCUCGCUCGAAUCCAACACCCUGGUCAGAAGAUGCAAUGAAUGAAGCUCUAAAUUCAGUCCGUAUUGGUCAGAUGUCCAUUAACCAGGCCGCGAUUCACUACAACCUCCCCUAUAGCUCUUUGUAUGGUCGCUUUAAACGAGGAAAAUAUGACGUGGCUAAUACAAGUAGCACCUCCAUUAACAACACAUCAGGAAAUACUUCGGGAAGCAUCGAAAUUAUCGAACAUAGUCAAGAAAACUCGUUACAUAUGUUUCAGCAACAGUUCCAGUAUAGUCCGUCACCACAUCAACAGCCUCAGCAUGGCGGACAGACUCAAUCACAGACGCCUCAACAUUUAACUCAACAUGUUGUACACAUUCAGCAAUCACAGACUCAUCAUCAGCAGCAGCAAGUGCACGCUCAACAGCAACAACAUAUCCAACAGCAACAAGAUGUAGUAACAUCCAGCAGCCAAGUGGCCCAUAGCAGUGCAGCGGGUGGGCAGCAGCAGCAACAAAUUCAACAGAUCUAUCAUCACCAUAGCACGCCGGAAAGAAGUUGAGAAUCACUGCAACAAGUAGCUAACAGCAACAACAACUCAACAUCAACUAACAGCAGCAACAACAAAAGGAAGAAAAGCUCGAAAGGUAAACGUUGAGAAAGGCGCACCAGUGAUGUGUUUUUGCCUAUAGAGGUUUGCAAUAAAAAUGUGAAAGAAGACAUUCAAAGUGAUGAUCAAGUUACUACAAGAAAAUUGAAAGCGAGAAAUAUGAAAGGCAACCGCAAAAAGUUCAGAAUAAAAUUGUUUGCGGGCAAUUAAGGAUGAAUUUGUUUUAGAACGAUUCGGCGGUAAUUACAUGAACUGAACCGAAUGAAGAUAUCACAGUAAUAAUAUUGGCUUAAGAAUGAUAAUACAUAGAUUGAAAUAGAUUUGAAUUAGCAACUAUUAAGUGAAAGCGAAUUAUGUACCCCUUAUGUAUUCUAUACAUAAACCACUGAAGCAUAAUAAAUAAUAAUACGUUCAAAUUGACAUCAUUUAAUUAAAUGGGGAAAGAUAUUUCGUAAACUAGUUCAAACACAUACAGUUUGUUGUUGGAAUUGGAACAAGUUAAACCAUUGUAACACUUGAAAACCAGUUCGGCACUGGGUUAUAACAGCAAGAUUCCCGACAAAAAAAAAAACUUAAUAAAAACUGUUAGUGUGUGAACGAAAAACCUAAAAACUAUAGAAAGAAAUUAUGCAAAAGACGUCAGGAGAUUAAAAAUGGCAAAGUUAAAAACUUUGAGGAGAGUAGAAAAAGUUCAACUGGCCCUACCCCACGUGAUUUAAUAAACGAAUAAGGAAGAAAGAGAAGAACAAAGUUAGAACGCUCCCCAUUGUAAACAAAUCAUAUAUAGAGUUCGAAAUAAAGAAAAAUAACUCACAUCCGAUUCUCUCAAAUUCGCCAAGAGCUAUAUAUAGCGUUGAAUGCGUCUCUUUGUUUCUUCUCUUCGCCGAGGUCCGACCUGUACAAAGAGUCGCUUAUAUAUAGUUCAGGUGUGGGAGGAGACAAUAAUAUUGAUCUUCCGUAGUGUUAAAUGCUGUCAAUUUGAACCAGGAAUGGGCGUUUUUGAUUUAAUUAUUAUUCAAAUAAAAACCAAACUUUUAUUCGUCAUUCAAGUAAUUUUGAAUGGUGAAUUUAUUUUCAUUAGCAUCCAAAUUCCUUUGAAUGACGAAUAAAAUUUCAUUCAUCAUCCAAAUAAUUUCGAAUGGCGAAUAAAUUUGUUUGUAUUCAUCCUUCAAGUAUUUUAAAAAGCGAAUAAACUUUCAUUCACCAUUCGAGUAAUUUCGAAUAACCAAUAAUUUUCAAAGUAAAUGGUCGUUUGCAGGCAGAUGUUCGUGUCUACUGAUCAAAAAAUAAAUAAAAAUUACUUAGAUAAUGAAUGAAAAUCGAUUCGUAUUUGAAAUUUCUUGAAUGAUUAAUAAAUAUAAAUGCAUGAAAAUUUAUUCGUUAUUCGAAAUUACUUGAACGACGAAUUCAAAUUUAUUGUAAGUUUUCUUUCAUUCAAUUAUUGAUUUUCCUGAUUACGCCCAUCCGAACUACGUACACAAAUGUACAGUGUACUUUUGUAUAAUUUUGAAACGAAUCUAUAAAAGGAAAGAAAGAUUGUCCACGGGUUCGCUCACAAAAACUUGUAUUAACUGCGGUUGAAUAUCCUUUAUAGAAGACAAAUGGAUUUUCCUUUUGCAUAAUAGAAGAGGAGAUGGAUUUGAAACAUGAAUUGUAUUUUUGAUAAUUGAAUAGUAGCAAAACUACAUACAUAUGUAUAUUGCAUAUAAAAAAUUUUACCGAUAUGAAAUAUUCCAAAAUUGAAAUGUUUGGAGUCGUGACAAAAUUACAAAUAAGUUCUUUCACCACUAGCUUUAGUGAGUAAAAUAGUUUUUAUCUUAAAAUAAAUACUGUUUUGUCAAUCAAAACUAGUAAUAAUAAACAAAUAGGUUUAAAUGUAUUACAUUGACCGAAGAAGUGAAUAAAAAAGUAUGUAACGGGAAUGGAAUUAUCCGACCAAUCUGAGUUGACCGCGACCGCGUAGCUUUUCGUUAAAUAAUAUUAUGUAUUCGAUACUUAUGUAGAUGCGUAAAAUAAUGUUGAUCAUAUUUCUUGUAACUAUUUAAUAUGUAAGUUAUUUUGUUCCAACACUAAUUCAUUGAACUGAAAUUCAGUAUAUUUUUUCAGAAGCAAUCAAAUCAAUAUUACACAGAAACAGCAAAUAAAUAAAUUGUAUCAUCAUUUCCAAAUUAAUUGCUAAUGCAACGGUGAAACAUCAAAAAUUUUAAUUAUAUAUAUACUAUACAUAGUUAAAUGCAAAUACAAAGUAUACCGAAAAUAUUAAAUAAUCACGAGAGACAGACGAUAUCAUGGUAUAUGAUAACUUAUUAUAAAUAUUAAUAAUAUAAUAUUAAAAAAAAUACCAUCAACAUCAGAAAUUUGUUGCUGCUGCUUUGAAACUUUGAAUAGUAAGAAAACAUCCGUGUGGAGUGCUUCACCCACGAUGAUGAUAAUCUAAUUAUAAAACAGACUAAAACAUAAAAUAAAACAAAAAUAUAAAUGUAGUUAUUAUUACCAUUUACUAAAGCAUUCAUAUUCAAAAAGUACAUAUAUGCGAUAUAAAAAAUGCAAAACUUUUAACAUGGCGAGUGUACACUCAAAACCACCCAGCGUUGUCUGCGACAGUAUCUAAUCAGAAAUUCAAUUUAUAGUGCAUAAGAGACAAUUCUCGGGUUGGAUUUCAUACCGUGACGGCAUUUCGUGGUCUAUUUUAUUUUUUUUAUUUUUAUUUUUUCUGAUAAUUCAGAAAUGAGGUAAAUAUGCUAUCCAUUAUAUACUUAUCGAUAAGGCAAAUCUUAGGUCGAGGCCACGCAAUGAACGGCAAAACGGCGAGCGGCGGCUGAGCGGCAUUUCUGUAUGGCCACUUCAAUAGUAUUUUAUAUAUUUUAAUUUUAAGCCGCCCUACGCUUUGCCGCUCAUUGCGUGGCCUCGGCCUAAGUCUUCUCCGAGCUCUUGCAAAGCAAGUCCAAAUUUAUAAAAGAAAUACGCACGAUCCAUGAAGUUUCCACACGUGACAUAUUUGAAAGAUAAUACCAGUAGCAAAAUUGGCAAAUUAAUCUGAAAUGCAAUGGGUUUAAGGUGUCAAAUUUAGGAAUGUGUUACAUUUGUUUAGUGCUGAUUUUGACCUUUCACUUUUGGACGAAUAAAAAUAUGAGAUUUUUUUUCUUGAUUAGGUGUCUGAACAACAUGAAUUAGUUUUUUUAUUUAAAAGAAGGGUUAUGGUCUUUCUAUCAGUAGACAACAUGCUAUAAAAUGAUAAUUAAAACAACACUGUACAUAGAAUAUAUUAUGGCAAAUAAAUAUGGAUGUAAAAAUCACA